AUGUGCGCGUCGAAAACUACCGGUGGAAUAGAGAGCAUCAUAAAAAGGGAUGAAGACUACUUAAUCAAAUUCAAAACCGGUGAAAUUGGAAAAGUUUACGUUGUGAACGGCCACGUAUUCAGAUAUUACGUGUCACCAAAUGGGGUCUUUAUAGACUAUCCGGUACCGAACAAUCCAGAAGAUGUUGCUAAAAUAACUGUCAAAGAUAUAGCGGUUUACGAUAAAGCAGCCUUUGAGGAAUCUAGCGUACAGGAACUCGACAAGUACUAUCGCGUUGACAUAAAUAAAGUUCAAAUACAGUUCGAUAAGAUAAAGGGAACAAUUGCAGUGUUCGAUAAGAGAACUAACAAAGACGUGAUGAAGGAAUCGAUACCUAUUUCUUACGACGAUGAAGCAUCGACGCAGACAUUGCAUCAAAACAAAGACGAGUACUUCUUCGGAGGGGGCAUGCAAAACGGAAGGUUCACGCACAAGGGGAAAAUCAUACACAUUGUCAACACCAACAACUGGGUAGACGGCGGCGUCACCUCGCCUUGCCCUUUCUACUGGUCCACGAGCGGCUAUGGGGUGCUGAGAAAUACUUGGCAGCCCGGUGUCUACGAUUUCGGCAGCGAAUCACCGGACACAGUGACAACCACCCACAGGGGGGACUAUUUCGACGCGUUCUACUUCGUCAACCAGCGACCGGUCGAUUUGCUGCGCGAUUACUUUGAAUUGACCGGGCGACCGAUCUUCUUGCCUGAGUACGCGUUCUACGAGGCGCAUUUGAACGCGUUCAAUCGCGACUAUUGGGUCCAGGUCGAGGAGGGGACGCGUGGCGCGAUCUUGUUCGAGGACGGCCGCUACUACAAGAGCUACAAGCCAAAUGAAAUAGGCGACAAGCACGGCAUACUGGAGUCGCUUAACGGGGAGAAGGACAACUACCAGUUCUCGGCGCGCGCGAUGAUCGAUCGCUACAAGAGGCACGAUAUGCCGUUGGGCUGGUUCAUACCGAACGACGGCUACGGGUCGGGUUACGGGCAAACGGACAGUCUAGACGGGGACAUCGAGAAUCUGAGGGAGUUUGCCGACUACGCGCGGGCGCAAGGCGUAGAGGUCGCGCUUUGGACCGAGUCUAACUUGCACCCUGCCGACCCAGAGCACCCCAAAAAGGGGGAGAGGGACUUGGGCAAGGAGCUCAGCGUGGCCAAGGUCGUGGCGCUGAAAUGCGACGUCGCCUGGAUCGGCUACGGUUACUCGUUCGCGCUGAACGCGGUGGAUGACGUCACCAAGAUAUUCGUCUCUAAGACGAACGUCAGGCCGACGAUAAUUAUGGUCGACGGGUGGGCGGGCACACAGCGCUACUCCGGCAUAUGGAGCGGGGACCAAACCGGCGGACAGUGGGAGUACAUACGGUUCCACAUACCGACAUACAUCGGAUCAGGGCUGUCGGGGCAGCCAGUGGUCGGUUCCGACAUGGACGGCAUAUACGGCGGGAAAGAGCGGGAUGUCAACAUCCGCGACUACCAAUGGAAGGCGUUCACGCCACUGCAACUAAACAUGGACGGCUGGGGAAACAUACCGAAGACGCCGUUCACUUUCGACGAAGAAGCGGCCCGCAUAAACAGGGCCUAUUUGAAGCUGAAAUCUAUGUUUCUACCUUACAACUAUACGAUAGGCCACGAAUCGAUCGAAGGCUUGCCGAUGAUCAGGGCGAUGUUCCUGGAAUAUCCAAAAGAUGCCGUUGGCUACACCAAGGAUUGCCAAUAUCAGUACAUGUGGGGCCCGUGGGUUUUAGUCGCGCCGGUUUAUAGAGAGGGCUCCAAGCGCGAUGGAGUCUACUUGCCAGAUAAGAAUCAGAUUUGGAUAGAUUAUUUCACGGGCGACAAGUAUCGUGGCGGUAUUGUGCUCAACAAUCUCGCGACGCCCCUUUGGAAGAUUCCAGUGUUCAUAAAAGACGGCGCCAUUAUACCGAUGACGAAACCUAACAACAAUCCGAACGAGAUCGACAGGAGCAAACGUAUAUUCACCAUUUACCCGAAUAAGGAAUCCAAGUUUGAUGUAUACGAAGACGACAGAAUAUCGUCAGAUUAUCUGAAGGGUCGGUGCGCUACCACCGAGAUCGUUGUGAACGGCCCGCGUUCUAACAGUCAAGGGGACCUUUUGAUAAGCAUCGACAAGACAAGAGGAGAAUACGAGGGGAUGAUUAAAGAAAGGUCCACUCUGCUCCAGAUUAUGGCGUCGAAGGACGUGGAUCAAGUGAAAGCGGCCGUAAACGGCGAAACUAUGGUAAUGACCAAAGCGAACGGUUACGACGAUUUCGAAAGAUCCGUUAACGCGUAUUACUUUAAGGAGGAUUUCGAAGUCAAUCCUUACUUGAGCUCGUAUAAUGUUUUGCAAUCGGUACUGUUGAUAAAAGUUGGCGAGCACGACGUUACCACUCAUCACGUUCAGAUAAAAGUGUCGGGUUACGCGAACGAGGGGAAGGUCUUCGGCGAGAAAGAUGGUCGCGACGAGAGAUUGGACCCACCGAAGGGAUUCAAAGUCCUGGACGAUGCUUUAACACCGACGACAAUCACCGUGCACUGGUCUAGAGUGGACGAAGCCUCGUAUUACGAGAUCGAGAGGGACGGUGUCGUGUUCAGCAAUUUGCAAGGCGACAGUUUCACGUUCGAGGGGUUCGAGCACGAUACGAAACACGUGUUCAGGGUACGCGCGGCGAAAGAUGGUGUGUCGGAGUGGAGCGAGCGCGUUGAAGUCCAAACGCUGCAAGAUCCCUACAGGAGCGUGGUGAAAGGCGUCAGAGUGGCGUGCAACAUCCCCUGCCAGCCGUGCCAGGAGAUCUGCCACUUGACGAACGGCGACCUCACCUCGCUGUGGCACACCCAUUGGCACAAGACGCCUACCGGAGAGAAGAAAGGGGAGGCACUAAAGCUCAGCUUCGAUCUGGGGGACGUUUACGAAUUGGCGAGAUUCGAAUACACGCCCCGCGAGGACGCCGGCAACGGGACCUUCUUGAAGAUUCGCCACAAGUAUUCCGUUGACGGUGAAAAAUGGAGCCCGCUGUCGGAUACCAUCGCGUGGGUACGCGACGCCUCAGUGAAGAGCGUCGACUUGUACGGGGCCGCGAUGAGAUACAUCGAAAUACACAUAUUGGAUACCGUCGGCGGUUUCGGUUCCGGGAGACAGAUGCGGUUCUUCAAGAAGGUU